AUUACCGGCACAGACAGAUCGGAGGGAGUUUCUCCUAGGCAGCUGCUGCAGGUGCCAAUGGGGCACACACUUAGUCUGGAGGAGGCCAAAGCUGCUCCAUGAAACUCGACGGUACACGCGGGUCAAGGAUACCUCGAGCAUCCCAGAGGACGUUGCUCGGCACCUCCUCAUGCACUGUAGGGUGGAAUGUGGAUUUCCUGAUCCACUGUUACGUGGAGGACCGGUCGAUCACUGCUCAUCGGCCUCGGGGCUUGAAGUGGAAGAUGCCCAGCGUCCUCCAAGCCCGGGAACCCACUGCCACGGUUCUGUGGUGAACCAGUUGUGUCCCACUGAGAAGCCACCAUCCCUCUGCUGCAUGCAUUACUGCUGCAAGCCCUGCUGGAAUGAAUAUCUCACAACUCGCAUUGAACAGAACAUGGUCCUCAGCUGCACCUGUCCCAUUUCUGAGUGCCGUGCACAGCCUACCGGAGCAUUCAUCUAUUCCAUUGUUUCAUCCAAGGAGAUUAUAGCCAAGUAUGAAAAAGCCCUCCUCAGAGGCUAUGUUGAAUGUUGCUCCAACCUGACGUGGUGCACCAAUCCUCAGGGCUGUGAUCAGAUCCUCCUUAAAGAUGGGCUUGGUUAUGAGGCAGCCUGUUCCAAGUGCUCCUGGAUAUCCUGUUUCAACUGCAACUUCCCAGAGGCCCAUUAUCCUGCUAGCUGCAGCCACAUGUCUCAGUGGGUGGAUGACGAUGGGUACUACGAGGGAAUGACAAGUGAAGCACAAAGCAAGCACCUGGCUAAACUCAUUUCGAAGCAUUGUCCAAGCUGCCAGGCUCAGAUAGAGAAAAAUGAGGGGUGUCUGCAUAUGACGUGUGCCAAGUGUAAUCAUGGCUUCUGCUGGCGUUGCCUCAAGCCCUGGAGGCCAACUCAUAAGGAUUAUUACAACUGCUCUGCUAUGGUGAGUAAAGCAGCUUGGCAGGAGAAGCGUUUUCAGGAUUACAAUGAGAGAUGCACCUUUCAUCAUCGUGCGAGGGAAUUUGCCACAAGUCUGAGGAACAGGGUUUCUUCCAUCAGUGAGAUGCCAAAAAUUAGGACUUUGACCUUUGUCCUUCAUGCCUGCAAAGUGCUGGAACAGGCACGGAAGGUACUGGCCUACUCCUGUGUGUACAGCUAUUAUAACCAGGACACUGAGAGCAUAGAUAUUGUUGAACAGCAGACUGAGAGCCUAGAGCUGCACACGAAUGCUCUGCAGAUCCUUCUGGAGGAAGCCCUGCUGCAGUACCAGGACCUGACUUCCUCUCUUCAGCUCCUGAAAGCAGAGCAUUUCAAUACUGGUUUGGAGUUGGUGCACCGGAUCAAGGAGCGUCUCUUUGCAAUUCUCUGGCACUCCACACAGGAUUUCCGUGUUGGGCUUGAGACUUCAGCAGAUCCUGGUCAGAAUAAGGUGAAACUCUCCAACGUGCCUUCUUCAGCCCCUGCCUGUGUAGGGCCAAGACCUACCAUCUUCUGUGAGUCCCCCAACACAGACGAAGAUGGAAAACAAAAUGAAGAUGAGGAAUAUGACCCGCAGUGGCAGGAAGACUAUGAUGAUGAUGAUGAUGACCUUGAUGAAGACAACUUUCUGUUCGAUGAUGAGUCAGAUAACCUUGACUGUGACUCUUACUUUGACGAUGAUGAUGCCUAUGACUAGAGGUGGGCUGUCACCCAGCCUGCCAGCCUGGAUCUCUGCCUCCAGGCUGUCUUGACCAGUUUGUCUUAGUGUCUUUCCUCAAAGAUAGUAUGGAGCUUUCAGGCAGAACGAAGAGAUGUUUUCCUUUGGGGGCUGCUUUCUUAGUGCUUAAUAUGCAGAACCAUUGCUCUGGGCAGAUGGGCUGUGUUACUGUGGUCACUUCUCUCAGAAAGACAUCUCCUUCACUUUCUUGUCUCCACUUCUGCCCUAGAUACAAUCAGUCUAAUUGAGUUUGGAGCUGAACUGUGAUUUUUCUAAGUUGAAGACUGCUUGCUAUCUGUUAAAAGACUGUUCAGUCCUUUGGACUGCCCUCCCCAAGUGCUGUGUCAUGUGUCCUAGCGUGACGCUGUCUAAUCCAGCCAGUAUCUAGAAAUACCAUAAAAGCAAUGUGUUAACACUCAAGCCAAAGCUUCCCAUCCGGAGCUGGUGGGGUCCCCUCCAGAGUGACAGACAUGGCUCAGUGCAGUUAUUUUUUCUGUUUGUUGUUGGAGUUGUCUUCUCUGCCAUAAAGCAGGAUGGGCUGCUAUGAGUGGCCCAAGUUUGCAGGGCUGUGUUUAAGUGUAUAAAUGUAUGCGUGCAUGCACACACACAUAUAUAUACACGCAGAGUUUGUUUGGAUUACACUUUAUCUUUGCAAAAAAAUAAAACCCUGAGGAACAAGGGUUGAAAAAAAUUCCAUUUAUAAAAGAAAGUUUUUUUCCU